AUGACGAAAUCAGAUAUCCCGACUCUUCCAAAACUGCCAGCGGAAGCCAUUCGUUUGGCCCACCUUCUCGAGGCCUUCUUUCAAGCAGAGAGAUCGUGGACUGGUUCUUUACACCAGGACCAGAGAGUUCUGAUUGCAUUUAUUGCGCAGAACUAUGACACGGGAUCUACCUUCGCAAAACUAGCCACUCAGUCAAACAAUAAGCUUGGCUGCUAUCCUAGGAUAUGGACACACAAGGAUUACCGAGUGAAAAAAGCAAUUCAAAAGACGGUUGAUCUAGCCUCGCCGCUGCUGGAGCGAUAUUGCAGGUCACAACUUGGGGGGAAAUCAAUCCUUGACCUACCCGCGGAGCUGAUACUGCUUAUUGAGCUUGAGCUAUCAGACAAGGAGCUUUACAAUUCUUGCAGAGCAAAUCGUGAACUAUGUCACCUCUUGAGUGGCCCGCUUUGCCGGCGAGAGAUGCAGGACCUGCGUGCAUUUGAACGAAGCCUGCGAAGGAAUAAGAGAACAUCGUUCAUCAAGGCAAUUGACGUACUCUCUGAUGUUCCGGAGACAGCACCGUGGAAUAUAAUCCAAUUGUAUGCCAUGGUGGGCAACAAAAAUGUCAAGUCGAUACAAUUAUUAGUUUCUAAAGAUGGCUUGCUCGGAUGCGCAUUAAGGAAACUCAUCCAACAGACCCUAUCUCACUUACGAGAUCACGUUUGGAGAAGGACAUAUGGCUCUUCUUUGAUGGGCGAGGCAAUCAAAGCAUCCUGGGGGUCAGAUGCUCGACAAGAAAUGGCGUACCGGCGUGUCAAGCUACUACUUGCCCAUGGGGCUGACCCGAAUACUGUGGGGUCCCUUUCGGAAAUGCAUUCGACACUUCAUUUGGCAUGCCUGCAUCAUCAACCCAAAAUCAUGCAGGCAUUGCUCGAAGCGGGCGCAGACCCCAACGCAAAAGAUGCGCUCGGCCACACCCCCUUGCGUAUGUUAUUCGAAGAGAAGUUGUUCGAGUCAUUUGAUCGGGGUAUUCUGCUUGAUAUUCUUCUUGCAGACCCAAGAGUCAAGAUCGAUGAGCGGGACAAUGAUGGUUGUACGCCAUUGCUUGCUGCGGCUGGUAGAUGCCAGGAUAUGCGGACCGCUCUGAAAUUUGCCAAGCACGUUGUUCGCAUGCCAGGCGAGGUCGAUAUCAAUUCUCAAGACAAUAAGGGGAGAACAGCACUUUGGCUCUGCAUUUACUUCAACCUGUAUCCUAUCACUCGUCUCCUCCUAGCGCAGGCUAGGCUCGAUCCCAAUCUCGGUCCAACGGAUGAUUUUCCAUUAUUGCUUGCUAUUCGUCUUUGUGACCCACUGACAGUGAAACGUUUACUAGGAUUGAAACGACUCGACGUCAACAAGAAAACUAAAACAGGCAAGACUGCUUUGUUGGAAGCUAUUGAUGUAGGCAAUAUGGCAGUCAUUAGAAUGCUCGCUGAAGCUGGUGCCAACUCGGAAAUUGGAAUGAGCGAAGGCAAAACAGCGCGGCAGCAGAUAUUGGCAGCAGAUAUUGAUAUCAAAUGGGAGACUUGCCCGGUGUGA